AUGGCCGUCCAGUCGCCGCCGGACGAGGUUGCGUUCCUGCAGUACACGUCGGGCUCGACCGGCCACCCGAAGGGCGUGAUGGUCGGCACGCGCAACCUCGUCGCCAACAUCGACGCCAUCGCGCAGGUGCGGAUGGCGCAGUCAGAGAUGGGCGCCCUCCCGGCAGAGGAGGUCGGCGUCGCCUCGUGGCUGCCGCAGUACCACGACAUGGGCCUCAUCGGAGGCUGCCUCUCCGCCGCGAUCCGCGGCUGGCGCGCCGACCUCACCUCGCCCUUCACCUUUUUGCAGCGGCCCGUCGUCUGGUUGCAGAUGAUCACGCGCAUGAAGGACACGCACCUCGUCCAGUGCACGGCGCCAAACUUUGGGUACGCGCUGUGCAUCCGGCGCGUCAAGGGCGACGCGCUGGCGAAGCUGUCGCUCGCGCACUGGAAGGUCGCGAUGAACGGCGCAGAGCCGAUCCGCGCGUCGACGGUGACCGAGUUCUCCGCGCGCUUCGCGUCGUGCGGCUUCGAGUCGCGCGCGUGGGCGCCGGUGUUUGGGCUGGCCGAGAACUGCCUGUACUGCUGCGGCCGCGCCGAGGAGACGGUCAUCCUGCAGGUGGACCGCGCGUGCCUGGGC